UCCCUCCUCUUCCCCACGAAUCUGCCACUGCGAGUUAAUUGCCAUCAAAAGACCUGAUAAAUCCGAGCAUUGAAGGACUGCAAACUGCUCAAUUGAGCUCAUAUGCUGCAGCAAUUGUGUCCACCUUACAAAGAUGUCCCGCUGCCGUACGCAUCGACACCCAGAGCGACAUCGUUCUCGCCGCCACAACGCGAAGCACCCUCAACGCUGGUUCAUCUCUUGCUGGAGUACGGCUCGACGUUUAUCGACGCACCCGAUUGUACUCGAUUCAAUCACCUGCUACCUUUGGCCCUCUCAAUUCCUCCGGAUUUCUUGGAUUCUCAGACCCCUCGCGGGUAUUCCUUCCAUUGUUUUCUUAUUGUGCUUUUCAGAUGGUGAAAGCUUUUGUGUGGCAUGUUUAACCAAUCUCCAUCAUUCCAGGAAAUUUUUUAUUGGCGAGAAAGCUGUUUGGAGAAUACGAGUGCCCAAUUGGAAGAUUUACUUCAAAGACUAUUUUCUCCAGAUUACUAUUGGCAGAAGUUUGGAUCUGAACGUUGGCACCUUGGAAAUUUUCCAGUUUGGUUGAACCAUUUCCACUUGAAGUUUAUUAAUUAGUGAAACAUGCAAUGCCAUUUCUGUUCAGUUAAAGUGGCAGCAUCUGAACUUGCAUUAUUAUCCUUGAAGUAACAAGACUGAGUGGCCUCAACUUUAUCUUCUCUGGAUUUGUACAGAAGUUACAGGCUUGAUCAGUACAGUUCUACUGAAUUUAGGAUGCCUCAUAAUACAGCGGGAACUACAUAUGACUUCAGUGCACUCUCAAGCGACUUUUGAUAAUCUGUUUUGUUAUUCCAUCUGCUUCAUAUGUUUUUGCAUUCUGGGUGUUUGAUUUUUCGCUCAUCCCGCAGGUUUGUUAUCUUCCACGGACGACAAUACUCAAGGGUUCAGAAACAAAAGAUGCCAGAAAAGAUAUUAUGUAGCGUUUUCGGCGAUUUGAACUUUUUUUCUCAUACAUGAAUGAUAGUGUUUUUGCCUUCUCCGUGGUACAUACAUAAUCUGUAGCAUUGUGGCCAUCAUUUCCAUGGCUUAAUGAAAGGUCUUAUCAUCAUAGUAGAUUUUUCCUUUCAUUUCAUUUCCGACGUGUAUCAGCAUUG